AUGCUCACUCCAACACAACACGGCAGAGACGAGGUUGUCGCGAACCUGCGCCGCUGCAUUACAGUUGCUCAGAGGGCCAAAGCAGAAGGUCGGCAUCCGUUUGGAUGCAUUCUGGUAGGCCCGCACAAGGAGGUGCUUUUGGAGCAAGGCAACAUCGACACCUUUAACCACGCGGAGUCGACGCUGUGCAGAGAGGCGUACCGUAGAUUCGGGCCGGAGUUUCUGUGGAACUGUACUCUCUACACGACUUUCGAGCCGUGCUGUAUGUGCGCAGGAUCCGCGUAUUGGGCCAAUAUCGGACAGAUCGUAUACGGCGUAGCAGAAACCCGGCUGCUGGAAGAAACGGGAGCUGCAAAGGACAACAUGACCAUGUCGCUCAGUUGCCGAGAAGUGAUUAAGGCGGGGCAAAAGCCGAUCCGGGUGGUCGGCCCCGUGGCAGAACUCGAGGCUGAAAUUCUACAGGACCACCAAGGGUUCUGGCGAUCGGACAAUAACUGA